AUGAGAGUUUCAACGAGUGGUAAAAAGAAAGAUGCUCAAAAGCAUAAAAAUGUAUAUUCCUUUCAACCCAAUAAAAAUUCUAAUAAAAAAACGCAAAUAAUUAAUUCAUUACCGAUAAGCGGAGUUUGUCAGAGAUGUAAAGAUAUCCUUGAAUGGCGUAAGAAAUUUAACAAAUAUAAACCUUUGACCAUCCCUAAACGUUGCGUCAGUUGCGAAGAGAAAACUAUUAAAGAAGCGUACCGUAUAUUGUGUGAUAAGUGUGCUAAUAAAAAAGGUGUUUGCUCAAAAUGUCAACAAUCUACGCAAAUAAUAAUUAGUGAUGUUAAAAGUGAUAAAGAAUUGUUAAAAGAACAACAAGAACGUGAUCGAUUAUUAUCAACACUAUCUGAACGAAAGAAAAGAACAUAUAUUCGUAAGUUAGAACGUGAAGAAGAACCAUCACUCAAUAAUCUUAUUCGAAGCAGUAAUGAUAUUGAUUUAUUAAUAUAUUAA